UAAACUAGUGCACCCUGGUGCAGUAAGUUAGAGUGAAACAAAAUAUACUUGUCUCACUUUAAUUUAUUGCACCAGUUUACCAGUGCAGCAACAAAGAACAAACUCAAAAUGCAAACUCAAACUAAAUAUUUGUGAAGAAUCUGAGAAUCAUUUUUUAUCCAGUAUUGGUCGUUUUUUAUUUAAAAUAUUUUUUCAAAAUAUACUGCUAAAAUGUUUUAUAGAUAAUAAAAAUCAAAGAUCAAUGAUAAAUGUAUAAAGUAUAAAACAAACGAUUCGGAUUCAAAUUACUCCUGUUAAUCUCUUCGAUAUAUAAUAUGUUCUCGGUAUCAAGAAGUUUGUGUCAGAUCAAUAUUCAGCGAAGUGCAACGAAGCAUUUAUUCGUUGUUCGUUCUACAAGAAAUCACACUUGGCAACGUAAGAAAAUUCUUGGUCGAAACACAGCUGACUGCAGAAAAUUACAGUGCUUAAUUACUCUGCAAAAAUGCAAUUUUCGCACUACACCAAGCUUGCAUAUUCCACCGUUCGUGGCUAUGUUUUUACGUCCUGCCUUACGCAUUGGUGCGUUCCUGAUGGGACGUGGAAUAAAGAAAUGGUGGGCCCGCAAGUCUGAGAAAGAAAAGGGAGAAUACAAACGAUGGGUCAAGGACAGGAGCAAUGUAAUUUUAGGCUGUUUUGGACUGUACGGUCUUAUAUUAUUUCUCUAUUAUGUAACACAUCUCGAAACUGAUCCAUUGACCAAACGCUCAAGAUUUAUCAUCUUUAAUAAGGAACAGGAGAACCAAUUAGGAAAGAUGGUUCUUGAAGUUCAUUUAGAAGCUCACAAAAAAGAUUUGGUACCGAAGACUCAUCCUGCUUAUAAGAGACUCCUAAGGGUGAUUGAAAAAAUUGUGACAGCUAAUAAAGACUUAAAGUCGAUAAGAGAUACACAAUGGACUUUAACUGUUAUUGAUACACCACUAUCAAAUUCAUACAUCUUACCAGGUGGAAAUAUCUUUGUCUCCUUGGAUAUUUUAAAAAUUAUUGAAAAUGAUGAUCAAUUAGGUAUUGUUUUAGCACAUGAAAUGGCACACUCUUUGCUUUUACAUUCGCUUGAGUCAUUGUCUGAUCAGCUAUUGUGGGACUUUUUGAUAGCAAUACCUAUUUUAUUGGUUUGGGCAUUAUUUCCUGAUGUAACAGCUGCUAUAAUUCACAUAAUAGGAGAACGAAUUGUGAAUAUUAUGUACAAACUUCCAUAUAGUAGAGUCUUGGAGAAUGAAGCUGAUGAAGUAGGACUUGCACUGGCUGCAAAGGCUUGUAUUGAUAUUCGUGAAGCAGUUGUAUUUUGGGCUACAAUGAGAACACUUACGGAAAUGCAUCUGUUGCCUCCAGAAUUAUCAUGGAUAUCAUCACAUCCUAGUCAUGGAGACAGAGAAAAAAAUUUGAACGAAGAAAUGACAAAGGCAAUAGAAUUACGAAAAGAUUCAGGAUGUCCAAUAUUGCCAGCAGUAGAUCCUAGAAAUAAAUUCUAUCAACGAUCACCAAAAGAACAAGAAAUUUACUUUAGGCAGAAAGGAAUCAUUUCAUGAAGAGUCAAAGACUCAAAUGACUUUCGUCCAAUUAUCGUGCCUCAAUGAACAUAGUUUUUCUCAAAGAUUAAAAUAUUCUUAAACUGUGAGUAAAAUUUCAAUAUAUUUAUU